AUGGUUCACACCUUCCCUGAAGUGCCUCGAGUCUUCAAGACCUCAUUUAGACUCAGGUCAGAGUUCAGGAUGCUGGAUCAGAGAAGACCCGGGUGUCAAAGGAGGACUGUCACUCUCCCUGAAGUCCUGCUGGGCCACCAUCUGCCGGAGACCUGAGGACUGGAAACAACAAUAGCCGAUGAAGAGGAGAGAGGGAGUCAAAACUGGACCCUGAACCCGAGCAGCUAACCUGAGGUAUAAGUGGAACAGAGACCACCAGGCCCUGGUCCUGGUUCUGCUUCUCCACAAAAAACAAGUAAGUUUUACAUCCUGUCGUAACGUGUUGAACCGUUUCAUAUCCCGCUCUUCUGUUCGGUCUCUCAUGUGUCACCAAAAAAGGUCGUCAUGAAGGUCAAAGUGUUCCUGUGUUUCAGUGAUGUUUUAGAUUAUACAGUUUGAACUCGGUGAUGAUCUGUCGAACAUUCGGAUGAAUUUAGAUUUUAUGAAACCAAGUAAAAAAUGUUUCUUUAUGAAUCUGAUGAAGUGAAAAAACUGAGAUGAAAAAACUGUUCCUGAACUUCCAGAGGAGAAGAAAGAGCUCUCUCUCUCUCUCUCUCUCUCUCUCUCUCUCUCUCUCUCUCUCUCUCUCUCUCUCUCUCUCUCUCUCUCUUUGUUUCUCUCUCUCUCUCUCUCUCACUCUCUCUCUCUCUCUCCCUCCCUCUCUCUCUCUCUCUUUGUUUCUCUCUCUCCCUCUUUGUUUCUCUCUCUCUCUCUCUCUCUCCCUCUCCCUCCCUCUCUCUCUCUCUCUCUCUCUCUCUCUCUCUCUCUCUCUCUCUCUCUCUCUCUCUCUCUCUCUCUCUCUCUCUCUCUCUCUCUCUCUCUCCCUCUUUCUCUCUCUCUCUCUCUCUUUGUUUCUCUCUCUCUCUCUCUCUCUCUCUCUCUCUCUCUCUCUCUCUCUCUCUCUCUCUCUCUCUCUCUCUCUCUCUCUUUGUUUCUCUCUCUCUCUCUCUCUCUCUCUCUCUCUUUGUUUCUCUCUCUCUCUCUCUCUCUCUCUCUCCCUCUCUCUCUCUCUCUCUCUCUCUCUCUCUUUGUUUCUCUCUCUCUCUCUCUCUCUCUCUCUCUCUCUCUCUUUGUUCCUCUCUCUCUCUCUCUCCCUCUCCCUCCUUCUCUCUCUCUCUCUCUCUCUCUUUGUUUCUCUCUCUCUCUCUCUCUCUCUUUGUUUCUCUCUCUCUCUCUCUCUCUCCCUCCCUCUCUCUCUCUCUCUCUCUCUCUCUCUCUCUCUCUCUCUCUCUCUCUCCCUCUCUCUCUCUCUGUCUCUCUCUCUCUCUCUCUCUCUCUCUCUCUCUUUGUUCCUCUCUCUCUCUCUCUCUCUCUCUCCCUCUCUCUCUCUCUCUCUGUCCCCCCUAUAUACUCUGUCAGUUUAUAUAUUUCCUCCCUCAGACCGCGUCUCCCGUGUCUCUCGUGUCUCCCGUGUCUCUGGUCGCUCUGGUUGCGGCGCUCUGGUUGCGGCGCUCUGCUAUAAUCUGACUUAUGUAAAGGCGGAUUAUCUGGAGUCGAGUUUGUUACAUAAAUAUUCUCUUUCUGUUCCAGUUUGUCCGUCCGGAAAACUCCGCCGCUCCUCCAAGCCUCAAAGUGCACUCACUUGACCUCUGACCCUGACAACAAGUCGCACGUCUGGACUGACAUGAUUUCAUUGUUUUCAGGCGCUGCUGCUGUCAGAGAGGACAGAGAGGACAGAGAGGAGGGCCGGACUCAGACCGAGGACCAGGUGAUGAAAACACGUCCACCUCAGAGCGCUCUGUUCCUCUGAAUGAGUCACGUCUCAUCGUCCUCCUGGGUGGUCUCAGUGGGAGUCCCGUCAUGGAAGCUUCUGGUAAAAUAAAACAGACUUGUUUGGUAAAACUGUUGAAUGUGACCCGACUCUUCUGGUACCUCAGCCCUCCUCAGACGGCACGAAACUGCGAUGGCGUUUGAGGCACGAAUUUGACGAACGACGUUUGUGUCAUGGAGGUUAUUUUUCAGUUUUGUGGGUCUUUAGAGCCAAACCUGCUUUUACUGAACCUUUAAAGCUCCUGUGAGAGAUUUCCUGUCUGUGUGGACUCUGGCGCCCCCUGUGGUCAAAGCUGUUCUGACAACAACGUUCACUCUGAUCGAGUUAUUUUAGUAUAUUUUCUUCUUUUUCUUUUCUAGUUUUUGUUUUUUUCACCUCACAGAUCGAUAAACUCGGUUAUUCUUCGUUAAACUCUCUCAGACUCGCCGACAUGUCCUCUGGUUAUGGAUUUAAUAAAUAUAUAAGUCCGAACUGUAAUAAGGUUUUUCCUAAUAUACCUCACGUUCCUGCAGAUUGAUUUUUCUCUCACUCUAAUGAACGAUGAACUUUUUUUCCCCGUGAAAUUGUCUUGUUGCCGUUUUGAUUAAAACCCUGAAAUCUCAUCUGUCUGGCUCGAGAGAAUAAAGAAAGCUUCAUUUCAUCCUCUUUUUUCCUGAGCACUUACCCUGAUCAGAUUAUCGUCGGGUUAUUAAAUGACCGGCAAACAUAAUAAGUUAAAAGCAGAGCGCAGAAACACAGAGAUUCAAGGAUACCGCGAGCUCACCGAAUCACUAAAUCUGUUUGAAUCCCGCUGAGUCCUGACGUUUAUUCCCCGUCUGCUGGAUUUUACUGGGACGAGGAGAGAGGAGAGGAGACAAGGAAAUGAUGAGGAAAGGAAGGAAAGGGCAUGACAAAGGAAACCAGUGUGGAAAAAGGGACAGACCGCACAACGAAGGAGCUCGGUGUCAAAAAAGAGGACUUUUGAAAACAGAAAAUAACUGAUCAGUCAAUAAAUCUACAGCUGCAGACGGAGGGCUGUUGCAAAGGGGCGAAACAUUUCCAGAAACUUUCAUGAGAAGUUAAACUGAGGAAUUUUGGAAAUAACUCAAAUUGUUAACUGUAGAAUAAAUAACAAAAGAGUUUGUAAAAACACUAAAACAAUGAACAGAAAUAUAGUCGGUGAAACAGCUGGAAUGGUCUUUAAAAUAUUUAAUAAUUAAUGUCUAAAUGAUUGUUUGGUUACAGAAAACCGUCUGUCAGGAUUAAGAAGAAACAGAAUCACAUCUGAGGAAACUUCCACCACCAGAAUAAACUCAACCCUUAAAUGGUUGAUGAAAUGAAAAAUCAUCGUUAAAUAUUAAUACUAUAAUAGAUCAAAUCUAUUUACCCCAUAAUAUUAUCCAAACUUCCUCGACUCUCUGCAGUCGCUGGACUCAAAUGUCUUGGUCUUUGGCCUCCAGGGUUCAAGAAAUCAUCUGUCAAUCAUGUGAUGGAGGAAUGCACAGUACAUGUGGGGGGUGUGGCCUCAAUAGCCCUGCAGUAAUCAUCUACACAAUCUCUGUCCUCCCAUAGGCUGUAUCAGGUGUCAGUCAUAGAAAACAUGAACCCCCUAAUAACUUUUAAAAAUGGAGCUGUACAGAAAAAAGAGGACUUGAGCACAAACCAGUCCGACAGUAACUACAUGUCAACAUCACAACCAGGGGGGAGAAACAUUUAUAUUCUGUGUCAUUCAUUUAUAAAGUUUGUCCACAGCUCCAUAAGGAGGCGGGGUUUAGGACCUAUACUGCAGCCCGUCACCAGAGGGCGCUGUUCUCGGAGAGAGGAGGCAGACGGCGUCUAUUCUAUAUACAGUCUAUGGCAGUAAUGAGUGUGCUGUGAUCAUGUGAUUGAGGAGUGGACUUACAUUGAAUCUGGUUGUUUUAGUCAAGAUUAUGAUACAAGAUAUUUUCACCAACUAUAUUAAAGUUCCUGUCGAGGACCGACCUUCAGUUUUCUACAUUUCAGAUUAAUGCUUGUUAAUUUCUGUGGAAAGUUUCCAACUUUGAAAAUUCCCAGAAUUUUGCAAACCUGCUCAGAAGUCACUGGUCUGAUCUGAUCUGGGAUCUCUACGCCUGAUCAGUGGAAAUGUUGUGUUACAACUCUGCCCGGUCUCCCCUACAUUUGAUCCCUGUGAGGUUAAAAACGUCCUGAUGAGCCCCGUCUCUGGAUCCUGUUUGAUCCUGUUUACCCCCCCGACUCAAACACAGUCACCUUCAGAAAAGACCCCACCUUUGUGUGUGUUUAGUGUGUUUUUGUGUGUUUUGUGUGUUUUGUUGUUCCUCUGUGAGUGUGGCGUGUUGCCGCCCGAGGCGUCAGGACCAUCUCGGCUGACUUCCAUACAUCACACCUCUCUCUCAGUCUAAUGUCUCCAGACAGGCUUCGUGUGCUGUUUGGGGGUCUCAGAGACAGGUGGAGAGACCCCCCUGCAGGGCGGAGCCUAAUGUGUCGAGAGGCUGCAGCAGCGCUGUGAUUAAAAACGACCAGCGAGAGGAUCUGAUGGAGAAACGGAGGAUUCUGGGAGAUUCACUGACCUGACGGAGGCUAAAAUAUCAAAAUAAGGGGAACAGGUGAAGGUCAGAGCUGCUCAGACUGAAGAACAGACUCAUGUAUGUUUAACAAAUAUAUGUUUUUAAUGAUGCAUUAACAAAAUUAAAAAAUCAAAGCUGCACAGUCUUCUUUAUUUAACUAAGAAAAGCUCUGAAUGAAAUCUAAAAAUCAGGUUUGUGCUUCUGUGUUUUCUGCCACUAGGGGGCGCUAAGUUCCCCAUUUUUACUCGAACUCCUUUAAUUUCAUUAAUAAGAGGCACUGAUGUGGAUCGGGUCAGAAAUUAGUCUUCAGUCUGUUUCUUUAUCGAGCGUGACGUUGAUCAGACGGUGUUCCUGUUUUAUUUAAAAGGUCGAUAAUCCAACAAACGAGGACUCCUCAAUGACCACCAUAUAUAAAUAUAUAUGUUAAUAUAUGUAUAAAUACACUCGUGUUUAAAAAGAGUUUAUUAUCUCAGAGCUUUUACAAACACAGAGGGGAAAACAGGACACAUCAGAUCCUCUGCAGAAAUAAAACUCAUCAAACCAUCGACACAUUUUCACAUCCCAACUUUGUGAAGAUGUUUUUAUCAAAAUUCAGAGCGUAACUCUCCUGCUGUUCAAAAUCAGCUCCUGAAACGGUGACUUUAGGUUAUUUAACAGACGAUGGAGAAAAAACAUCAGAGCUUUAAAACAACAGCAGGAGCUCAGAUCAUCAUCAUCAUCAUCAUCAAACUGCAGUCGAUGUUUUUAUUUCUGUUUUUGUCAGAGAGAGAAGAAAACAGGAAACUGAUCUAUUUAAUGAAUGAGUUCAUUUCAUCAUAAUUUAACUCAUAAGUGAUUUAGGUCGGCUGUUCUAUAGGUUUAGGUUUUUAAUAUGCAUAAAUUAAAAGUUUCAUGUAAUUGUGACAUGAGAAUAUUUUUAAAUUUACUCGUCAGAUUUUGCUUUUUUCAUAUUUGACCACAUUUAGACUGAACUCCUCCUGCCUGAAGUCAGACAUGAGGAGAAAUAUGAGCUGUGAUUCAAACCUGUUGGAUUUCUGCAUAUUUCUGUGAGAUGUUGAUAAAGAUACGGAGGUGAUGGAGGUGAUGGAGGUGAUGGAGGUGACGGUCGUCUCCAUGUUUCAGCAGCUGGUCUGAGUUAAAGUGAAAACACUCAUUUCUGUCUUUGGACCCUUCAGAGGACUCUUAAAUCAGCAUCAAAAGAGACAUUUUUAUAAAACUACAGCAGGAACACUGAGCUGAUGUGAAAAUAAUGAAGGAAUAGAUUCAAAUGAGCUUCAAACAUCCUCUUAUUGAUCAGAGUUAUUGAUCCUGUUAUUGAUCAGAGACGAUUAUUGGAGGCUGGAAACAGCGGGCGAGGCUGCUGAAGGUUUUUCACUGUUUCUGCUGCAGAUUUUGAGACUCCAGCUCUUUGUGAUGUUUCAACAGCAUGCCUGAAGUGUGUGUGUAUGUGUGUGUGUGUGUGUGUGUGUGUGUGUGUGUGUGUGUGUGUGUGUGUGUGUUUCUGUUGGGGAGGGGGAGCUCUAAGGGGCUCUAGGACAUUGAUGAGCAGCACCCCUCCUCUCUCUCUCUCUCUCUCUCACUCUCUCGCUCUCUCCAUCGCACUGGUCCUUGGCAGGUCCACGUUUCCAUGGCAACGCUCACAUUGCCGCAGGCCGGCUGGAGCAAGGCGCACCAGUAGAGAGAGAGAGAGAGAGAGAGAGAGAGAGGACUGCAGAGGGAGCGAAGGGCAGGAGAGAAUUGGUUCUCCAAUUCAUUACCCCGAUAACUCCCCCCUCCUCCCCCACAGCGGCUCGGAGGAGGGGGGGGCGGGGGUGGGGGGGGGGGGGCUUUUGAAGGGACUCUGCGGGGCCGAGGAAAGGCCUCUGCUCUGCUCUGUAGUCUGAACACGUUGGAUCCAAACUUAAGACUGCAUUUAUUAUUCAUCCUCCUUCUCCUCCUCCUCGCAGACAGCACUGCAGCCGCUCAUCCUGCUGCACACACACACACACACACACACACACACUCAUACACACACACUCAUACACACACACACUCACACACUCGGGUUGUUAUAUUUCGUCACUCUGACACCUUAAUGCCCCCCUCCUUAAUGUCUCAGCCCAGCUUUACCUGAGCGAGGACUCUCCUGAAUUUUUGGUCCGAUCUUAUUUUUGGACCAAAAAGUCCAGAAUAAAAAAUAAAAAAUAAAAUUAUAAAAAAUAAAAAAUAAAAUAAUAAAAAAUAAAAUUAUAAAAAAUAAAAUUAUAAAACAUUUUUCUGUUUUUCAGGUGGAGACUCUGCUGCAGCUCCGUCACACACUCACAGUCGGUACGUUCACUCAUUAUCAGUCAAACUCACUGAAUCACAGCUGACAAUGAAACACAGUGAAGUUUGUAUUUCUGACAUGGAGGUAAAACUUUAAACAAUAUUAGUAAGUGUUUGUAAAAAUGUGAUUAACUGUAAUAUAAAAAUGUUUGUAGUGAAACUUCUGGACCAGGCGUGUUCAGGGUCAGUGAGGUUUUUUCAUCCUUUAAAUCAGAUUCAGUCUGUUUGGAUUUCAGGUUUUUCCAACUGUGUGAAAAACAGACCAUGUUAGAGAGGUCACCGUGUUUUCUGACAGUUCUGUGUCAAAAGCAGCUAAAAAAAAAAUCUGUUAAAAUCAGAUAUUUGAGGGGUUAAUACCUGACCCAGCCACCAAUCACAGCUCUGAUCCUCUCCGCCUCAUUUCUCUGUUUUUUAGGUUUUUAAACACUGACACUAAAAUUACAGUUUAUUAAAAAUCCGCUCACAGACUUUCCUUCAGUUAUUGUUGGACAGAAAUAUUUUUAAUUCUCUUGUUUGGUAACGGUGGAAGAUUUCCUCUGAUUAAAACAUUUCUGAUCCAGUUUCCAAAGUUUGAUUUAAGUUUAAAAUCUUAAAAACACAGAAAUCUUAAUAUAAAUCAGCACAAAUGUUCACUUUCUUUUAUUGUCUUAAAGCUCCUGUGGGGAACCUUUAGUUUGAGUCGAUUUUGGCGCCCCCUUUGUCCUUAAACUGACAUUUAUCAUUAAUGGUGAAAUUUUAAUAAGAAAAUAUAAAAACAAUUAUUUUUCUUCUGCCACUUUUUUUUUCCAGUUUCAGGCAUUAAAAAUGAGAAUUUCAAAAAGUUUCAGUCUUGUUUCCUUUAAUAUUUCACAUUCAGGCGUUUAAAUGAAUUUCAGUCUAUUUCAUAAACGUUAAAAAACUCCUCACUGGAGCUUUAACUCUCACUGACGCUGCUGUGACAAAAAAACUGUUUGAUUAAAUGUAACCCUUAUAAAAGUACAGUUUGGGUUUACUGACCUUUAUUUGCUGUUGAGCCUCAUGGUGAAAAACGUUUAUUUUAAUGUCUGUGUUUGUGAUUGAGAAAUAUGUUUAACCCUUUAAUGUCUUUUGUAUCAUAUUUGAUAUAUAUACUUUUAUAAACUUCUAUCAAAUCAAUAUGAUCAACAAAUUACUAAAAAAACACCUGAAUACAGUCGAUAAAUAAUAAAAAUGUCCUCUGGUAGUUUAUCAAUUUCCAAAAACAUCUAAUGUGUCAAACCAGAUAAAUAAAUAUGUUUGUUAAAUUUUAAGGACAUUUUGAUUUUUUAGGUUUUCAGUAGUAAAUCAAAUAAACAUUUCAGCUCCAAAAAAAUGUGAAUUUUCGGGUCAUAAUUUGUGGUUUCAGGCAUUAAAGGGUUAACGUGUGACUGUUGUGGCUUAAGAUCGCCGCUAGAGGGCGCGCUGUGUAUGCGCUAUGCAGUAGACGUGAGCAAUGCAUGCUGGGAGCUGAACACGAUAUAUAUAUAUAUAUAUAUAUAUAUAUAUAUAUAUAUUUUUUUUUUUUUUUUUUUUUUGUAGGACGGUCGGGUAAAGUCCCGCCUCCUUCACCUCUGAUUGGCUCUAAUAAACACAGUCCGAGUUUGAUCAGUCGGUCUUCCUGUAGUCUACAGUAUAUCUACAGUAUAUAUAUAUAUAUUUUUUUAUAUAUCGGUCGGGCCUAAUCGUGAAUUUCCGUCAUGUUUUUUUAUUAUCUGCACCAUGUCUUUUUUUUUUUAUUUGCAGCAGUGGCAGUUCUCGGCCACCGUAGAUCUGAAAUCUUCAUUUUCCUGGACAUGCAGACCUGGAGCAGAGAAGGUCGAAGGUCAGCACACAUACGAUACACACCCCACAUUCUAAACUGACGAACAUUGAUAUCAGACCGCCGUUAGCCGUGAAGAGACACUUGAAGUUUUAUUUGUCUUUUAUUCUGAUUGAAUCUGAAGUGUAGGUCUGUGUUGAACCCGAGUACAGCGGUUCACCACCGAGGAGCUGGAGGUUAAUACAUCCUACUCACCUUAACCUCACUGUGUCAGGGGUCAAAGGUCAGUGGGAUUGACUUCAGGUUGUAAACAAGAUCAGAUCGAUACGAAGGAGAUCUGAUUUUACAGCUGUAAAUAAAACUCAUGUAUAUUUUAUCUCUUAAGUUUCUCUUUUGUAUUUUAUCGCUGCUGUAAAUUUGUAAUUUCCCAGUAAAAAGGAGGAUUUUAUCUUUUCUCUUUCAGGAUGUUUCAGAGUGAGAACGAGGAGGCGCCCGGCUGGUUUUACUGUAAACUCCGAGGCUGUUUUACCUCGGCGUAGAAACGGCUCCUUAUCUGACACAACAGCCGGGUGAGAGAAGAGUCUGCUGCCUCUCUACGGCGGAGACUUUACCUGUUUAUUUGCUCCACAGCUGCAGGUGUGACUUCAUGAGAAGUGACACUGCGGUGAAGAGCUGGAGGGGAGAGACAGUGAUCCACCUUACAUAAUCAGCCUGAUGUGUUCGGAUGUCUCCCUCCCUCCCUCUCUGGAGCUGCACACCGGCUGAGAGCAGAAGACAAGGACGAACCUGCUGCAGCAGCCCCGAGAUCUCCUUAACAAACAGGCUGCACAGUCAGAAACAACCAGGCGGAAAAACUCUUACAAACGGGAGUCUGCUGCAGAGAGCCGAAGAAACGUUUCAGCUGCUGAUGUUCGUGAAUUAA